AUGUUUCCUUUAGGAAGUGUUGCAGAAACAGCUACUGGAGAACGAGGGUUCGUUCGUUAUGUCGGAGAAGUUGAAAGCCGUAAAGGCAACUUUGUUGGAUUGGAGUUAUUUCCUGAAUACGCGGAAUCCGGAAAAAAUCGAGGAAUCGUUGACGGAAAAGAAUAUUUCAAGACAAGAAAUGGAGAUAGAACAGGCAUCUUCUUACCAAUCGAUAAAUGUAAAAUAGCCUCCUCUAUAGCUGCUUCGCCAUCGUCAUCUCCGAAAGGUAAUGAAAAUUACAUAGCAUCCCCAGCUCCUACUUCCCUUCCAAUGUCUCCCAAUCCGCUAUCUGCUAUCCCAAGAUUAACGGCUUUUCCCCCAAAUAAUAACAUGAACGUAAACAGCAUCUCAUCGACCGCCCUUACACCUACGGAGAAAAUCCUUCAAAAACGGAUUGAAGAGCUGCUCUUUGAGCGUCAGAAUCAUCAACAACAAUUAGAAGAAGUUCUUUCGAGCGUUGAUCAACUUCAAGCGCUAGUCACAAAUUUCACAGACCAGCAAGAUGAAUUAGAUGAGUUACGCGAGCGGAUCACCAUGAAAGAGGAGCGUGUACAACAAAUGAGAGAAGAGGCCUCUCAGAGGCGUCAUGAUUUUAAUUCAACAAUCGAAUAUCUAGAAGACUCUACAACCCGCCUCGUUGAAUCUUACGAACAUCGAAUAUCCGAACUUGAAUUCCAAUUAGACGCUUAUGCAACGGAUAAGCAGGGAGAUGCAUUUUUAAAUGUGUGUCAAGAACGGGACGAAGCGUUAAGCCAAAUUGAAGUCUUGGAGGAGCGCCUUGGGAAGGUGCUUAAGUCACGGACGCCUGCAGAAAACGGGUCUGUUCAUGGGAAACAUCGGAGCAUCAUUGAGAAUGGCUCUCCAACUUUGACUAACGUUUCAUAUGAAAGCCAUUCUAGGGGCAAAGCAUCUCGAGAGUUACCAGAAAACCAUCCUCAACGCCGUCAGACACUAGAGUUUUAUGAAAUUGAAAUUGAGGUAUUACGAAACAAGGCUGAAUCCUUGCAGGUCGACUGCGAUGAAAAGGGUUACUAUAUUAGUGAGCUAGAGGCUCGUUUAAGUAAAACCAGUUUUACUCCAUCUGACAUGGAACCUAAUCACAACUCCACAGCCGAGCGGGAAAAGCUACUCAAUCGAAUCUCGGAGCUCGAAUCUACGAUAGAAAAAAUGUCACUUCAUGACGAUUUUGAAGGUGAAAACCCGUCUUCCCUAAAUAAUAUCCCAACAAAUAUUAUUUCAGAAGAUACCGAUAAUAACUCCGUUUGGUGUGAAGUCUGUGAAAAUUCGAGCCAUACGCUAGCUGAAUGCCCUACAGUCUUUGGUACAAAGGAUGAAGAUAUACCUUCACUAAUUUAA